CUAUCGAAGAGGGCGUUCCUUGCAGUCAGCCAUUCACAUACUUGUUUUCACUUUUCCACCGCGGAAGAAAACUAAACUCUAACGGGAAGGGGAGAAAUAUACUCUUUUUUAGAGUCAGUGCGCGGGGGUACCGGUUAGUUGAGAUGGCCAAUGAGGCGAAGCCGUGUCCAUGUGACAUGGGAUACAUGAUGGAGUAUGGAGGUGUUGGCCAGGAGGUCCAGAUAGAACACAUCAAGGCCUACCUGGUCAAGCCUCCCUCUGAUUCAGACAAGGCCAUCAUCAUCAUCCAGGACAUCUAUGGCUGGCAGCUACCCAACACCAGAUAUAUGGCUGACAUGCUGGCCUCCAAUGGAUACAUUGCAGUGUGUCCUGACUUCUACAUUGGAAAGGAGCCAUGGAGUCCAUCACAAGAUUGGUCUACCUUUCAGCAGUGGCUGGAGGACAAGAAGCCCACCAAUAUCAACAAGGAGGUGGACGCAGUCCUGAGGUUUCUGAAGAGCCAGUGUGGGGCCCUGCGUAUUGGGGCAGUGGGCUUCUGCUGGGGGGGGGUGGCCACCCACUACCUGGCUCUGCAGUACCCUGAGGUCAGGGCAGGGGUAUCUGUCUAUGGAAUCAUCAGAGAGAGGGAGGACAGGUAUGAACUGAAGAGCCCGACGCUGUUUAUCUUCGGAGAGAAGGAUGACGUCAUCCCACUGGACCAGGUGAGUGUCCUGGAGAAGAACCUGCAGGAGAAGUGUACAGGUGUAGACUACCAUGUGAAGGUCUUCCCAGGUCAGACUCAUGGCUUUGUACACCGGAAGAGAGAGGACAUCAAUACCACAGACCAGCCCUGCAUCCAGGAGGCCAGGACAGACAUACUCAACUGGUUGCAGAAAUACAUGUAGAAUAUCUACAGUGCAGUUGUCAAUCAUCUGCCGUCCAUGGUAGAGUGAACAGAAAGGAUAAAAAUCCAAAUCCAAUUUCACGACACCACUAACCUUAUUAAAAAGAAAUAGCUAAUGUAAUUGAUCAUCAGUUCUGAGGUCAUUUCCACGUAAGGCUGCUAUUCAGAAAGGACAAUCUGGUGAUUAUCAUGUCCUUGAUUUAUCAUGAUCAAAUUCAAGCUGACGGGGUGUUUUAAUGUGGAAUCUGUAGUUGCCAUAUUUGUAGUAGACUUUAGUUUUGUACCUUUUUCUUGCAGUACAUUGUACACAUCUCUUCCUUGUACACAUGAUCUCUUCCUUGUACACAUGAUCUCUUCCUUGUACACAUGAUCUCUUCCUUGUACACAUGAUCUCUUCCUUGUACACAUGAUCUCUUCCUUGAAUACAUGAUCUCUUCCUUGAAUACAUGAUCUCUUCAUUGUAUACAUUCUGUAUUUUUGCAUACAUUAUCUGUUCAUUUUGUAUGCAUUGUACACAUUACCUCUUCAUUGUAUACAUUAUAAAAACAAGGAAUUACUUUUAACUGCAAAGUUUAAUGUCAUUAUAUAAAUGCAAGUAUAUUUUAUUUCAGAUUUGAUGUUUGUGUAUAAUAUCAUGUAAUACCCAAAGAUAUCAAUAAAGAUAUUACGCUUCA